AAGAGAAUUAAUAUCACCUGAAAAACGACGAGCAUUAAUGACCAUGAAAUAUUCUAAAUUAUUCGGACGUGAUACAGUCAUACCUUUAAUUAAUGAACAAAACUUAGAUUUUAGUUAUUAUAGUAUAAUAACAAUUGGUGGUCAAAAUUUUACUGUUAACCUUGAUACUGGAUCACCAGAUCUUUGGGUUCCAGGUAUUCAAUGUAAUUCAUCACAAUGUGGGACUCAUAAUCGAUUUGAUCCUGCAAAAUCAUCAACAUUUGUUCUAUCACAAAGUAGUUUUUCCAUCACUUAUGGUACUGGUACCAUUAUUAGUGGUAGUAUAG